AACACAAGAUAGUCGCUCUAAUUUUUUAUAUAGAAGCAGAAAAGCGCAACAUGAGGCACGCAUCAACAUCUAAUGAAACUAUGGAAAACUCCUCACUCACCAUGACAGACUUGUUUAAAAUUUGCACACAAUGCGAGCGGCUAAGUAAAAAGGACGCUGGAGUGCAAAUCCCCAGACCGAUGGGAAAUGGACCAAGUAGAUUCAUACCAGAGAAAGAGAUACUUCAAGUCAGUAAAUUGAAUGAAAGAAUACAGUCGAUUUUUGAGGAUGCCUUCGCAGUGCUCGGUCGCCUUGACAACAUCUCCUUGGUGAUGGGGUUCCAUCCUGAGUAUUUGGAGAGCUUUCUUAAGACACUGCAUUACCUGCUUCAGGUGGACGGUCCAUUGUCUCCGCACUGCAGACAUUACAUAGGCAUAAUGGCUGCCGCUAGGCACCAGUGCACGUAUCUGGUCAACCUGCACGUGAAUGACUUUCUGCAGGUCAGAGGUGAUCCCAAGUGGUUGAAAGGUCUGGAAGAAGCCCCACAGAAGCUGCAGGCUCUUGGAGAGCUCAAUAAGAUCCUGGCCCAUCGCCCCUGGAUGCUCACCAAAGAACAUAUUGAGCGGCUACUGAAGGCAGAGGAGCACAGCUGGUCCCUGGCCGAGCUGAUCCAUGUCGUGGUGCUACUCACGCUCUAUCACUCUCUGGCCUCCUUUACGUUUGGUUGUGGCAUCAACCCUGACAUCCACACAGAUGGAGGACAUACGCUCAGGCCGCCCUCGCUCAGCGGUUACUGCAUUUGUGACAUUGCCAAUGGCAACAGUGCCCUGGAGGAAAUGUUUGGGAACCAGCAGGUGUCUGAGUUCACUGGUGAGGUUGAAGUGCUGAUGGAGAAGAUGAAGCAGCUCCAGGAAUGUCAUGACGAAGAGGAAGCAAGUCAGGAGGAAAUGGCCACUCGUUUUGAGAGGGAAAAAACAGAAAGCAUGCUGGUAGUCACCUCUGAAGAUGAGGAGUGUGUUACAUCCAAAGAUGUUUCACGACAUUUUGAAGAUCCUAGUUACGACUACAAAGACUUCUCCAGGAGAGGAGAACAUGUGCCCACUCUCAGAGUGCUGGACUAUAGUUGGGAAGAUCAUGGUUUUUCCUUGGUGAAUCGGCUGUAUCCAGAUUUUGGACAGCUUCUAGAUGAAAAGUUCCAGAUCGCAUAUAAUCUCACGUACAACACAAUGGCGACACACGAGGGUGUGGACACUUCCAUGCUUCGUAGAGCCAUCUGGAACUACAUCCACUGCAUGUUUGGGAUUAGGUAUGAUGAUUAUGAUUAUGGAGAAAUUAAUCAACUGUUAGACCGCAGUUUUAAAGUCUACAUCAAAACUAUGGUGCGCACUCCAGAGAAGAUCACCAAGAGAAUGUAUGACAGCUUCUGGAGGCAGUUCCAGCACUCUGAGAAGGUCCACGUUAAUUUGCUUCUUAUGGAAGCGCGCAUGCAGGCAGAACUGCUCUACGCUCUGAGAGCUAUCACCCGCUACAUGACAUGAAGUGCUGUUCUUGUCUACCUUUUUAUUUUAAGUUUUUUACUGUUGUUGACGUUGGACACUUCAAUAAAUGUAAAAAUUACAAAAAAAAAGGAAAAAAACAAAACAAAACUGAGGAAGAACAACAACGGGUGGGUGUGGACGAUGAAAAGGGUUGUUUUGCUAAAAGAAGGAAAAAAACAACAACUAUCAACUGAACCUACUUGUUGAAUCACUUGUGUGGCUGCUUAGCCUGCAGUGCCAACACUGGCCACUAGGGGGGCUCUGAGAACAAUCCCUCUAGUGUGUAAGAGGACAAGCUGAGACUGCGAGCUUCUGGAGGCCAGACUUCCUUUUAGUAUUUCAAAUGCAUCUGCGAUAAGAUGCCAUAUAAUCAUAUCUUCUUUAUGUGAGAUGAGAUUAAAAACCAAAACACAAAUAGCAACUCCAGCACCAGUGCAGAAAGACUGCACUGACAAGCCUAUCUACUAGUGUUUUAUCAUUUUAUAUAGGGUUUUUUAUUUCAGCAGUGGCUAGAGAUAGAAGCAUUACUGUUUUUGCAUAAACGUGUGCCUAGUCAUGCGCAGCACUGGCAACAGAUGCUGAUGUGCCGUCUGUUCAUGCUGCUUUUCUCAAUUGAGAGGCCUCAAGACCCAAACCAUCACCCAUUUAUAUAAGCUAAUCCAGGAACGAUUGUUUUAGUGUGCGAACGGAAUUCAAAAGUAAUAGCUGUCUGAGCCCUUGUUAGAGUUUACUGUAAGACACCACUUUGUCUCAUUAAGACAUUUCCAAUGUGUGAAUGCUAUGGGAGUGGGGGGGGGGGGGGAAUCCAAACAUAGGCUAUUUUGGGGGGUUCAUGCAUUAAAAAUAUCAAAGCACUUUUUUUUGAAAAAUGUUAAGCUUCAGCUUUUAUGUAGCCAUUUUGUCUCUAUGUCCGUUUUCUAUUUUUUUUUUUUAUUUGUGUUGGCAACUUUUAAAGUGAAGAGUUUCCUGUUGCUCUGAUCCAUCCGCCUUAUCUGUCUUCCUUUUAAUGCAUGGUCAUCUUAACUCCUUGUUUCUAUCUUGGAGUUUAUUAAACUAAAUACCUCCUGUUAUGUAUCCUUAAAUAUCUAAGUGCUGUCUGGUGAGCAGAACUUUGUCUUACGUGGCCGCCUGUCGUGCGCUACUAUCUGUACAGAGCAAGUGACCCGCACGACUGCACGGUACCAUGCUUGUUCUUAUUAUCAGAACUUUAACCAGUGUAACUAAGCAAAUUUUGUUUUGAGUGUGUGUGUGUGUGUUUUCUUUUCAAGCGGGGUGGAUUCUCUGCUGUCUUUUGUUUACUAAACCAGUUAAGUACUGCAUUCUGAUGAUGGCAGGACUAGAGGGAUGGUACUUUUUCAUUUGAAGGAGUUUUAAGUCAGACUUGAGAGACUGAUGUCAGUUACUGACAAUUUUAUAAGAAAUGAUUUGUAAAAAAUAAAAAUAAAACAUGGCAUUUCACUGGUUGUAUCAUUUGUAAUUUAAUCUGAAGCCUUUUUCUUCACUGAAAAGUCACAGAUGAUGAUGCAUUACACCAAACAAUUAUUGUUAUUGAUUAUUAAUUGCAACAACAACAAAAAAAAGAUCAUAUCACAAGAAUCGAAGGUUUUUUAUAAUCAAUGUUUUUAUGUCCAUGAACAUCCAACCAACAGUAGAGACCCUUGUAGCAAAGCAAUAUAGCAGCACAGACACUACAGGCCCAUAGAAAAGCACUAAUGAUUUCAACACGAUGUUGAACGCUGCAAUUUGUCCUCUCACAGCGAGGAUUAAAGCAAGUAACAUUGUUAACCUGGGAACAAUCCUGUUUGCAUAAAUAAGGAAAUAUACCCUUUUGUUGUUUGUAAUUUCCCUGUUUGUUUGUGGUUAUGAGGCUGGUGGUCAUUUAGUGCCUGUAAAUGGACAUUAAAUGGAAAUCACCAUAGGCUAGUUGUUGCUCAUUUUAAAAGAAUAAUGUGAGAAGUUGGGUUCCCCUCUUAAUAACAAUAAAGUAUCUUCUUCUUUUCUGAAAAAGUCCCUUGGAUAUUGUGCAGGAGUUCAACAGCUUCAGAGUUUACACAAUGAAGAAGACAUUAAAUCUCAGUUAAUAGUGAUUAAAUACAUUUUACACAAAUCUAAUUUCGGUCAUUGGUAUUUAAGCAUGUAUGUAGGUCAACUCUAGGGCAGCUGUGUAAACUUUAUAGUUAUGUGUAUAGACUGUAGCUGUGAAGUCUUAACCUGUUAAGAGGAGGGAAGCCAGUGCCAUAUUAUAUCAGUUUGAUGUGAUUGUAUGACAAUGUUUCUAUUCUGUCUUCCUUACAGACUUUUCUGGAAGUGUCUGUUUAAUAAAGUCUUUGACAUCA